AUGAAUAUCAUCAGUGGUCUAAAGUUGCCGAGCAGGAGCUGUACUUUCUUUCGUUUGACUUCUUUGACCAAGCCAGGGAAGCACAAUAAUCUCUAUAGGUCUUAUGCAGGGUAUUGCCAAACUCAAGUCAGUUGUGCACGAGAUAGAUGCCAAAGACUACAUUUGAGUGGAAGCAACAGAAACUAUUUUUUGACUAGAAGCCCUGACUCCUAUAGAAACUUUGUCAGUAAAGGACUGAGGUGUCUUUUGAAUGUCCCAGAUACGGAAGUGUACAACAAUGCACAUCACAGUUCAGGAAGGUUUUGCUUCCAGUCUUCACAGCCAUUGGGGGAGAAGAUCACAUCCUUCCAGAGCAGUUCUCUAAGGCAACUCCUACAUCAUUUUUCUGCUUGGAACAUUCAGAUCAUCAGGUCUUUUAGCACAUCACCAUUGUUUCAGGCUGCACCAGUUCCUCUUUUCUGGAUUAUUGUUAAGCCAGCUCAGAAACUAUUUGCUAUCAUUCUUGGCAGGAGCAUAAGAAAUUGGUGGAAGGCGCUUCCUCCUAAUAAACGGGAACUUUUUAAAGAAAGUGCAAGAAAAAAUAAAUGGAAGAUACUCUUGGGUGUCAGUAGCUUAGGAGUUUUAUUUGUCAUGUUUUAUUUUACUCACUUGGAGGAGACACCCAUCACUGGGCGCGCUCGACUGUUGGUGUUUGGAAAAGAGCACUUUAGGGAGCUGUCACAGAUGGAAUAUGAUAUGUGGAUGGAGGAAUUCAAAAGUAAAAUGUUACCUGAGACAGAUGCACGCUAUCAGGUUGUGGAGAGAGUUGUUGGUCAUUUAUCUGAAAGUAAUAAGGAAAUCCCACAGGUCUCAGCUCUCAAGUGGGUUAUCCAUGUGGUAGACGAACCGGAUGUAAAUGCUUUUGUGCUUCCAAAUGGUCAAGUCUUUGUUUUCACUGGAUUGCUAAAUGCAGUUUCUGAUAUUCAUCAGCUGUCUUUUAUUUUGGGGCACGAAAUAGCUCACGCUGUGCUGGAACAUGCCGCAGAGAAAGCCAGCCUGGUUCACUUCUUGGAUUUUCUGUCACUCAUCUUUCUCACUGUCAUUUGGGCCAUCUGUCCCCGUGAUAGUUUGGCAGUUGUUGGCCAGUGGAUUCAGAGCAAGUUGCAGGAGUUUAUGUUUGAUAGACCGUAUAGCAGAACAUUGGAGGCUGAAGCUGAUAAAGUGGGACUUCAGUUUGCAGCAAAGGCUUGUGUGGAUGUAAGAGCAAGCAGUGUAUUUUGGCAACAAAUGGAAUUAGCAGAAACCAUUCAAGGGCAGCCCAAGUUACCAGAGUGGCUCUCUACACACCCUUCUCACGAAAAUAGAGCUGAGCACUUAGACCGGCUUAUCCCAGAGGCUCUUAAAAUAAGAGAGAGCUGCAAUUGCCCAUCUCUUUCUGGACCAGAUCCUCGCCUCAUUUUCAAACUUAACAUGCAACAUCUCCUGGAAUCGUCUAAAGAUCAAGAAACCCCAAAUUCUGCAAAGCGAGAUCUCUCAGAACCAAAACUGGAUUUUCCUCGCGCUCAGAAAGUGGAAGAUAUGCCAGUAACUUUUGCAGUUAAACCUACAGGCUAAUGAUAAUCAUUUCCACCUUUUAUGAAACUUGUGGUUCGUGAAGGUCUGUCUUACAAUGCAAAUUUGUCUUUGAACCAUAAAGAAGAUGUAGCCAGUCAUAUCCUGUUUCUUUUAUGUGAUCUCU